UUUGUUAGAGACAUGCAUAUAGUGAGUCCCACUAGAAACAACCAACAACUAGUAACAAACUUCUCUUCUUACUCCUAACCUACUUUAAAUCCAUUAUCCCUUUCUUAACUCCUCCCGUCUUUAUGAAACAUCAAAAUGGAACACCACAACCAAAUCAUCCAUGACCACAACAAGCACAAUCAAAUUCAAAUCAAAAACGACAACACUUGUUAGUCAAACAAGUCUCUAAUCCCACCCCCACCGGAUCUCCUCAAUUGCUCAAACUCGUCUAUCUUCUUUUCAAACCCGACCAUCAUGGACCAGACACCGUAUGACCUAUUUGCGUCCGAAAAACAUACAAGACAACAAUUGAAUGAAAAAUUUCAUGCUUUGAGGAAUUUGAUCCCUAAUCCCACUAAGGGUACUGAUCUAGUAUCAGUGCUAGAAGAUGCGAUUGAAUACACAUACGAGCUCAAACGAACAGUGAAAGAACUCGCAAUUAUAUUGCAAAGGAAAGAAAGUGAAAUAGCAAGGAUGAAAAAACUUAAAAUAGAAGACGGUUUGACAUUAGAUGUCAAGAGCAUCAGCACCAUGCCGAAUGGUGGUGAUGAUCAUGAUCGGCAAUGGUAUAAUGGAACACUAAAGUAUAUGUGUUGCUUCCUAAUCAUCCUCAUGCUUUUUAGGAUUUUUAUCAUAAAUAUAUGUUGAUCAUAAUUCAAAAAAUAAAGUGCAUUUGGAAAAGAGUCGUUUGAGAGAAUUGUUGGGGUGAUAUCAACUGAGUCAUUAGUUGUUGCUUUGAAUAAAGUCUAGGGUCUUUGGUUAAUUAGUGAGUUUGUUAUUUCAUUUUCUUGUUUCCAGUAUUGUAUGUUCAUGUCUAUUUUCAUCAAUAAACAUCAACAUUUUGCA